CCCCCUAGCCUUGAGGAAUUCUUGAAACUACCCAAAUGUUCUCUUUGGAGAUGCUAUUCAGCCACAGAGGACAAAGUCCUAAAAGACACCAUAUCUGGGUACUUUGACCUCUUGUUUGCUGUAGCCAAAAGAGAGAGAGCUCUGUUGACUUACGGUGGUUCUGCAACGGCAGCACUGUGAAUGUCAUCAGAACAGAAAGGGGAGAGAGUGAUAGAGCAAGAAAGGGAGAGGAAAGAAGCGUGAACAAGAAGUAGAGAACAGAUCCCAGUUCCCCAUCAUAGAGGAAGCCAUGCUGGUUACUGUGGUCACUGCAUGGCUUUGCGUCGUCUCUCAUGCCACUCCGCUCCCCAACGCCGCCGAUGUCCUCGGCACUCAUGCUCCUCCAGUCAGGGAUGAGGAGUUCCUGUCUCCCCAUGUCGUGCUUUCUAGAACCGAGCCGACCGUCCAACCCUUGUUGGACGCCGCCGAGGUGACGUUGGCCGUGUGUGACAGCACGAGCAAUUGGGUGGCAGACAAAGAAACAGCUGUGGACAUCCGUGGCAGGAACGUGACGCUGCUCUCUGAACUGCAGACGCCUCGCGGACGGCUGAAGCAGUACUUCUUCGAGACCAAGUGCACACCCAGAAGGGGAAUUGCGGGCGGUUGCCGCGGGGUGGAUCGAAACUACUGGAUCUCUGAGUGCCAGACGACGAAGAGCUAUGUGAGGGCCUUCACUAUGGAUUCCAAGAAGACUGUUGCCUGGCGCUUUGUCAGGAUAGACGCAGGGGAUAUGAACCCUGCGCUCCCAGGUCCUAGUCUGAUGCUCCAACUGCUACAGCACACUGGGAAAAGCAGGGAGGAAGGGGAAAUGGAAUGGAGCGGAUGGGAUUCUGAAAUUCAGCUCUCUACCCUGCAAAGUCCCCACUUCCCACAACAUCUUCCACUCGUUAAAAGAUAUUCCUUUCACUGGCCCCAGCAGCUCAGCAACAUCUGGAAGGACCAAGGUUCCCCGCCACACCUGUGAUAGCUGGAAAACACACUAUUUGAAGAAAGCACCCAACUAGAAAAUUGCCAAAGGUUCUCCUUUUUUCUAGGAAGGAUUAACUGCAAUGCUCUUUAUUGCAAGGCUGCCCUUUUAAAAGAGUCCAGAAACUUCAAUUAGUACAAAGCGGCAGAUUGUUAUCCGGCGCUUCAAGAUCAAAACUGAUUCCAUCUGUACUGAUUGCCUGUUUGUUUCCGGGCUCCGUUUAGAAGUGCCAGCAAUGACCUUUGAAGCCCUAAGAAAUGGCUUAGGACCAGGUUACCCCAGAAACCAUUUCCUCCCUGUAAUGAACGUGUCCUGGCUUUUAAGAUCCGUGCAAGAGGCUCUGCUCUCUUAAGCCGUCCAUACCUGAGGUGGCUCUCUUGCAGCCCUAGCAGACGCAUUGUUUAAACUGUUCUUGCUUCUUUUGUUGCAUUAAAGAGCUUUCUCCUAUCGAGUUUCUUUGAGCAGGGCUGUCUCUGCCGGCUGCCCCUUGGAAGGCCUACACAAGAGUAUCCAUAGUGCAUGGCGUCCUGCUGACGCAUCUCCCCAGGAGCUAACAAAGCUUGGGGAAGGUUGGAAGAGCUGACUCAUCUAGGUUUCCACCCACAUACCCUCCAACACUUCUCCAGUGAAAAUAGGGAAGUCCUCCCUAAUGAUAAUAGUAAUAACAUUAUUAUUUAUACCCUUCCCAUCUGACUGGGUUGCACCAUCCACUCUGGGCGGCUUCCAACAUGGUUAGAGAAGUUUAAAAAUGUUUAAUGUUUCAUUACCGGUAUUUAUAUAUAUAUACAGUAGUACCUCGGGUUACGAACACGAUCCGUUCCGGAUCGCGGUUCGUAACCCGAAAAGGUCGCAAACUGAGCGCCAUUUCUGCGCAUGCACGAGACGUGCGUGCGCCGAAAACACUUCCGGGGUUGUGGAGUUCGUAACCCGAACUGUUCGCAACCCGAGCGGGUCGUAAACCGAGGUACGACUGUAUAUAAUAAUAAAACAUUAAACAUUUUUAAACUUCUCUACACAGGGCUGCCUUCAGGUGUUUUCUAAAGAUUGUAUAGUUACUUAUCUCCUUGGCUUGGGGGGUUAUGCAUAACUCCACACCCUCCAGCAUUUCACUGAUGAAAAUAGAGACAUCCUAAGGAAAGGUGGGACAUUCUGGGAUCAAAUCGGAAACUGGGAAGGCUUCUGUAAAUCCAAGACUGUCCCUGGAAAAUAGGGACACUUGGAGGGGCUGUCACACCCUCCAACAUUUCUCCAGUGAAAAUAGGGAUGUCUUACUCACAAGGGACCCAGGUGGCGCUGUGGUUAAACCACUGA